ACAAGUUCCAAAAAGACGAGCUCGAGAAAAGUUGUUUGCAACUUGGAAUUGAAAGUACUUAUGUUGAUAUAGAAGAUGACCUAUUACCAUGGAAUUCUACGUCGAUAUCAACCAUUUUCAGAGAUUAUAUUUUCAAAAUUGGAGUCGAUGUU